AUUAGUGUCCUCAAGUGUCAUUUAUAGAAACUAAAAAAUUAAAAUGGCCGUUUUAUCGUAACGACGUGACGCAUUGAAUAUAGCCUCACAGCGUUUACAACCUCCAACCUCCAACCGACGUUUCAUUUGAGUAAUAAUCCAAAAAGAUAACAAAAAUGCCAGAACUCACCGAAUUGGACAAAGCAGCGAGCUCGGACUCAAAAGUGGAGGUGAUCCCCGCUGGAUCUGGCACUGAGUCAGAUUCCGAUGACUCGAUCCCAGACUUGGAGGACCCAAGUGCCGGCGGUGGUAGCUACUCUGGCACCAACGUCAGCGGACUCCCAAUCGACGUAAUCUCCAAAGCCAAACAGACACGUGGUGAGAAGAAAGCACGUAAACUGAUGAGCAAGCUUGGGUUGAAGCUGGUACAGGGUGUUAACCGCGUUACUAUUCGCAAAGCCAAGAAUAUUUUGUUCGUCAUCAACAAACCUGAUGUCCUCAAGAACCCGGCUUCUGACACUUACAUCAUUUUUGGUGAAGCUAAGAUUGAAGAUUUAAGUCAGCAAGCACAAGUUGCUGCUGCUGAGAAAUUCAAGGAACCACCAAGCAUUGCAACCGCUGAAGCUGGUGGAAGUACAUCCGUUGUAGCGCCAAUUCAAGAAGAAUCUGAAGAAGAAGUUGACGAGACAGGGGUCGAGGAUAAAGACGUCGAGUUGGUCGUCGCACAAGCCCAAGUGUCUCGGGCGAAGGCUAUAAAAGCACUCAAAAAUAAUCAGAAUGAUAUCGUUAAUGCUAUUAUGGAGCUGACGAUGUGAUAAACUAAAAGCAUUUGUUGUGCAUUAGUCUCUGCUGCAAAAAAGCCAAUUACGAUAAAUAUUUACUUUUUUUUUUUUUUUUUUUAUCAAUAAGUUAUCAUUCUCGUUUUUUAAAACGCUGCGAAAAAUUAAUUAUGUAAUUCAAACACAACUAAUGAGUGGUUCAAGAACAAAAUAACUACGACAGUACUAAAAAUUUUAAUUGUAAAAUCUAUAUAUGGCGAUAUUCGUCAUAUCAAUGAAAUUACUUUUAAUGUAUAUAUACAUCAGUUUCAUUAAAAAUAAAAUAAUUAAAUAACAUUGCUCA